AUGGAGGAAAUAAUAAGAAUACAGAAACCCGUGACAUUCGACGAAUCGAUCGCACACUCUGAGGUUCACGCUCACCAGCCAUUUGCAUCAUCGACCUUUGGGAAUAACGAUGAAAUUCGAAUUUCCGUUCAAAAUCAGAACGAGUGCGUGCUACCGGAAAAAAGCUCCCUGCACAUUCACGGGAAAGUUACAAAAGAAGAUUAUUCCAUGGUGGCCGCUACAAAAUUGGUCAACAUGGCUGUUUGCCAUAUGUUUGAGGAAAUUCGAUACGAGUUGAACGGUGUGGAAAUUGAUCGAAAUAAAAAUGUGGGCAUCACCAGCAUCAUGAAGGGAUACUUAUCCCUCACCCCAGGGCAACAGCGCGGCUUGGAGAACACCGGUUGGCUGAGCGUUGCCGAUAUCAACCUGGCCGAUGAUGCUGGAAAUUUUGAUGUCGUUAUACCGCUGCGUUAUCUGCUGGGAUUCGCCGAGGAUUAUUGCCGAGUCGUCGUUAAUGCCAAACAUGAGUUGAUUCUCACACGCACUAACACCGAUUUAAAUGCUGUACUUCAGACAAACACUACCGAGAAGUUUAAAAUUACCCUCAAAAAAGUCGAGUGGCUGCUGCCCUACAUCAAACUAGCCGACAAGCCGAAAAUCCAGCUACUCAACUACAUCGCCAAGGACUCGGCCAUUCCCAUGAGUUUUCGUUCUUGGGAAACGUACGUGUAUCCGAUGCUGCCGUCAACGACGCGGCAUGUCUGGGCGGUCAAGACAUCGACACAGCUGGAGAAGCCUAGAUACGUCAUAAUGGGAUUCCAAACUGCAAGGAAAAACGAGGCAUUGAAAAAUGCUAGCGAAUUCGAUCAUUGUAGAAUAAGAGAUGUGAAACUCUUUCUCAACUCACAGUGUUACCCCUAUGGGAAUUUAAAUCUAGAUAUUUCCAAUAAUCAAUACGCCAUUCUGUACGAUAUGUAUGUCCAGUUUCAAACAUCCUACUACAACAAAGAAGCCGAACCUCUGCUCUCGAGAAGUGAAUUUAUAAAACGCGCGCCCCUGAUCGUCAUCGAUUGCUCAAAACAAAAUGAAUCGUUGAAAACCGGACCGGUGGACAUCCGGCUGGAAUUUGAAGCAAGCGUAGAAUUUCCUCGAAACAGCGCAGCCUACUGUAUGAUCUUGCACGAUCGGGUCGUUGAGUACAGUCCGAUUAGUGAAAUAAACUACAAAGGCCAGGGACUGCGAUACCUCCAAAAACAACCGUACAGAACGCCACCUGAAGAGUGUAUCAGUAACAUAAUAACAAAACCACCGAAGAUGCCAAUUUCUUGUGACAUCAAAUUAUGUGACAAUAACAAAUAUGUAAAAAAUCAAAGCAUAAAUAACGGGAAACAAGUGACGUUUUUCUCGUUACCAAAUAAACAGCAACUGCUGCCAGAUAUGGAGAAAAAUAUGAGAUCGUUCUGGAGCGCCAAAAUCGUAGUGGGGGGGGUACUUUACUUUUCCUCAGAGCCACCAGAGCGUACUGAAAAUCGAGGAGAAGAACUCACUAACAUCAUUUUAGAUGAAUUGAAUAACCUCGGUUACCAAUAG